CCAGACCGGGUCUCGUACUACACCGUCAUGUCCGCCAGUAACACAGCUCGCGACAACAAGACCCUCGACACAACAGUUAUCAUCAUUGGUGCCGGCAUUGGAGGCCUAUUGACAGGAAUCGCGCUCAAACGACAAUGGGGGUUCGAGGACUUUUUGAUCUUUGAGAAGGGCUCUGAUAUCGGAGGGACAUGGAGGGACAAUGUCUACCCGGGGUGUUCAUCAGACGUCAUGAUCCACUGGUAUUCCCUCUCCACGGACCUCAACCCGAACUGGAAUCACUCCUUCGGAACCAGAGCCGAGAUUCAGAAAUACCUGCUCGACGUCACCGCAAAGUACUCCCUCAGAUCUCAUUGCGUAUUCGACACCGCCGUUUUAUCGGCCGAGUGGGACUCGAAGUCCAAAAUGUAUCACAUCACGACUGAGAACGUCAAGACUGGUGCGAGGAAGGAGAUGAGAGCGAAGAUCGUCAUGUCAGCUCCCGGGAGUCUCUGCGAACCGAAUAUGCCCCGGAUUCCUGGAAUUGAUAGCUUCAAAGGUCCUCUGUUCCAUUCUGCGAGGUGGAGACACGAUGUGAGCCUAGAAGGAAAGCGGGUUGCUGUCAUUGGGAAUGGCUGCUCAGGCGCUCAAUUGAUACCUGUGAUCACCGAGGAUCCUUCUGUCGACGUCGUUAAUUUCUGCAGACAGCCAAUGUGGUUCAAGCCUCGGCCUCAAAGACCAUACACCAACUUUCAGAAAUGGAUGUUCGCGAACGUACCCUUCGUCAUGCGCGGGUAUCGCUGGCUUGUAGCGUUUAGCUAUGAUAUUAAUUUCAUAGGCUUUCGUGGCCAUCACUCCUGGUUGAGCAAACGCAUCACCAAGGCAAUGUCGGCGUAUAUCAAACAAACGGCGCCUCCUCAGCAUCACAAUAAACUUGUUCCGGAUUACACUCCAGGAUGCAAGCGCAUAGUAUACGACACGGGGUACUUAAAAGCAUUAUACCGUCCCAAUCUCGAUCUUCGAUGGGAUGAGAUCGACCGCAUUGUCGAGGAUGGCAUCCUAAUGAAGUCAGGUGACACUAUGCCUUUUGAUGUGAUAGUAUGUGCUACGGGUUUUGUAACGGAUAAAUACCCAAUCCACAUUCGAGGAAGGACAGGAGAGACUCUCGACGAGUAUUAUGCGUCGAAAGGUGGCCCCACUGCGUAUCUCGGAACGACGGCACCUGGUUUUCCCAACUUCUGUAUGCUGUUUGGACCAAGCACCGCUACUGGCCAUGCCUCAGUCGUCUUCUCCGAGGAAGUGCAGGCCAAUUACUCCUUACAGCUCAUGAAGCCCAUCAUUUUCGACGGGGUCGCCUCCUUUGAACCUACCGUAUCCGCCACAGACGCCUACAACGAUUACAUCCAAUCGCGCAUCUCCAACUCAGUAUGGACACAAUGCACCUCUUGGUAUCGCUCAGGCACCGAGGGCAAAAUAUAUAGUACCUUCCCUGGACCACUUGCAGAGUUCUGGCUGUGGUGCAGAACACCCAAGUGGGGUGACUAUAGGUUUGAGGGCGAAGGGACUAAGUGGUGGGAAAGAAGGAGGAAGACGAGCACUGUGGCGAGGGCUCUGGGUCAGCUUGUGACUAUAGCGGGUGUCGCUUGGUUGACGAAAGAUUUGAUGCAGAAUGACGGAGAGAUCAAGAGCUUGUGGUAUAGGUUUAUGAUGCUGCACUUGGAUGUUUGAGUUCUGUGGUACAGAGGGCUUGGUCUUUCGCCACGCGGUGUAUAGGAAUUGUCAAGACUGUUUCACAAUAUAUUCACAGCUUUCGGC